UUUGCAGACUUUAUAUACCCGACCUCAGUCGAGACCAGUCGAGUCAGAGUCGGCACCAGCUUCAGGUUGAUUUUGUUCAUUUUGUUAACUCGCGCAGUGUCUGAACAGGAUACUAGUCCGCGCCGCCCACGCAAUUCAUAAAAUUUUGAGCCAGUAAUCACAAAAUAUUCUGGAAAUAUGGAUUAUAUUCCUGAGCCAACUAUCCGCCCGUUCCCUGACUUCAACGCCGUCGAGGAUGCGACCCUUUUGCGCAAAGCGAUGAAGGGAUUUGGAACCGAUGAGCAGGCUAUUAUAGACAUUCUCUGCAACAGAUCCAACAGCCAAAGGCAGCAGAUCAAAGAGGCAUUUACCCGAGAGUUUGGCAGGGAUCUAAUUGCGGACUUGAAGAGCGAGCUAGGAGGCAAGUUCGAGGAUGUGAUCGUUGGCCUGAUGGACCCGCCUGUGGAGUACAUGUGCAACCAACUGCACAAAGCCAUGGAGGGUAUGGGUACUGAUGAAGCGACCAUUGUUGAGAUUGUUUGCAGCAGGAACAACAGAGAGAUCAAAGAGAUUGUCGACACAUAUGAACGACUGCACAACAGGCCGCUUGCGGAGCAUUUAUGCAGUGAAACUGAAAGCUCAUUCCGACGCCUUCUGACUUUGCUUGUCACUGUACGUUCAAUUAAUAGUAUUUAUAGCUCAUCGUAUCAAAAAGUCACGUAUUUUAUGAUUUUCCAAUGUGUCAUGCAGGGUGUGCGUGAAGAGUUCAACGUUGACUCGGAUAAAGCACGAGAGGAUGCUCAGAGCCUGUAUGAUGCUGGCGAGGGAAAGUGGGGCACGGACGAAGAGGUUUUCAACAAGGUCUUCACUCACAGCAGCCACGCACAACUGCGGCUGGUUUUCCAGGAAUACAAAAGCAUUUCCGGCGGCAAAUGCAUUGAAGAAUCUUUGAGAAGUGAACUCUCUGGAGAGCUUCUGGAUGGCAUUAUGGCGAUUGUUGAGUGCGUGCAAGACAAGGUGUUGUUUUACGCCAACCGCCUGCACAAAGCCAUGGAGGGACUGGGAACUAAUGACGUGACGCUGAUCAGAAUCAUCGUGAGCCGCUCCGAGAUAGACUUGGCGAACAUUAAGAGAGCGUAUGAGAAAAUCUACAACAAAACUCUCAUCAGCGCCGUCAAACAGAGCGAGACGUCUGGCGACUACAAACGGGCCCUGCUGAGUAUUAUUGGAGAUGCAUAAGAUGUGGUUCAUCAAAAUUUUCUCAUUGUACCGUGUUAAUUAUUUCCUCAUUUAAAUACAAUCUUGAAAACGGCAUGUAGCUAUUAAAGUAAUAUGGAAAAGUAUAAUGUGCAGCGCAUGAUGGUAGCUUUUGCUAUUGAUGCAAAAAUAUAUAUAUUAAAUAUAUACUUCAUAAAGUGAGAUUAAAAGCGUAAAACCAGAAAUAUUUUAUGUCUCAGAAAAAUAAAUCGUUUUGCCUAAAAACUAA